AUGCCCCGGGUUAACCUCCGAUGUAUCGCCUCUUCUCCUCGGUUCCUCCUUAGCCUUGUCGGCCCCGGCCUUAGGCUGGGGCUCCUGCGUGGAAUCAUCAAGCGGAACUGCGCGCCUGCGUGUUGUAUGUUCUGUGCUGGCUCCGAGGUUGCCGCAGUGAGCAGAAGGGACACGGCCCCUUCGCUCAGAGAAUCGCAGACUGGAGGCACGGGCCGUUACAAUACGGGCUGUGUUCCUUUCCUGUUGUUUGACUGGAGACCAGCUAUGGUGGAGGUAAUGAAGGUAACGGCGACCUCCUUCAAAAAGUCCUGUGCACGCACUGCCGCACUCAGUUCUUCCAACCCUGAGGCAGGCCACCACUGA